UAUCAAACCUCCAGAAGAAGAGCUACUCACCUACAAACGGAGAAUAUGGCAUCAGGGUUCCUUCUGUGGCCGGUCUUACUGGUCAGCUUCUCUGUGAACGCGGUGGAGCCCAUUUCCCUCUACAACCUCUUCACCAGCGCUGUUAACCGAGCACAGCACCUGCACACACUGGCUGCCGAAAUAUACAAGGAAUUUGAGCGAAGCAUCCCACCCGAGGCCCACAGACAGCUCAGCAAGACCUCCCCAUUGGCCGGCUGUUACUCCGACUCCAUCCCUACCCCCACAGGCAAAGAUGAAACGCAGGAGAAAUCGGACGGGUACUUGCUGCGCAUCUCCUCAGCCCUGAUCCAGUCAUGGGUGUAUCCUCUGAAGACCCUGAGCGAUGCUUUCUCAAACAGCCUGAUGUUUGGGACCUCUGAUGGGAUCUUUGAUAAGCUGGAGGACCUGAACAAGGGCAUCAAUGAAUUAAUGAAGGUUGUAGGUGACGGUGGCAUUUACAUUGAGGAUGUGAGAAAGCUCCGGUACGAGAACUUCGACGUACACCUUAGGAACGAUGCCGGCCUGAUGAAGAACUACGGCCUGCUGGCCUGCUUUAAGAAAGACAUGCACAAAGUGGAGACCUACCUGAAAGUCACAAAGUGCAGGCGCUUUGUAGAAAGCAACUGCACCCUGUAGGAGCGGUGAUGGGAGGGAAACUGCCAAGGGCUUCGGUCCUGUGUUAAUGUCCAGACACCACUAGUUGUGCUUUCUCCUUGCCAUAAUCAACUAUCGCCCUUACUGUCUUGUUUGUUCUACUAAUCUGCGAGCCACCUUCACUUUGAAAGGAAGCUGUAAAUCAGGAAUAUUAAUAAAUGAAGAAAAACAUGUUGCA